AUGACACAGCACCUCGCGAUGCCUCCUGGGCGACAGGAACGGCAGCGUCGUCGCAAAAUUACCCUGGCAUGUGAGCCAUGCCGAGAGCGCAAGGCACGCUGCGAUGGAGGCAAGCCCAUAUGCUCGACGUGUCAACGACGAUCACUGGCCCUCGAGCAUUGCGUCUACACGGUGAACAAUGCAAGAACGGCAUGUAGCGAUGACUAUACAAAGACGCUUCAUGAGCGCAUCCGCAAGUUGGAACAGGCUUGCACAUCACAUGGCAUCGACAUCAACACUCUCGAAGUCACUGCGCAAGACGCUCACGGCUCCGCCGCUGAUAAUAUCUCACCCACCGCUGCGAGAACCCAGGACUUUACCGCACUAGACGCCGCCUGCGCCAUGGACACAUCCGACGACCAAGCAGCGGUAGCGGCAGCCCAGCUCCCGUCGCCGUACUCGUCCGUUGGCGUCGACGGCUCCAGCGAGGCGAGACGGGUGACGGCCAUGGGCACCAUUCUCGCCGAGGAUGAUCUGGAGGACUCGCCUAACAAUUUGGCGGAGCCCGACUUCUACGGCAGCUCCUCAGCCGUUGCGUUCUUGAAGGAGGCCUACAGCGCGAUGAACUCGGUCCCUACAAGAGUGCAGCCAUCCACUCCGUUUAGGAGUCAGCAGGCACUGCCGUCCCUCUCGACGCCGUCUUCUCUAUACGCCGAUUUUGACAAGUUCCUCUUACCGCCUCGCCCGUUUGCCGAUUAUCUUCUUCAACUGUACUUUCAGAGAGUACACUACCUCUACCCCGUCUUCCACAGACCGGCCUUUGAAAGAGCCUACGAAUCCCUCUGGCAACCGACGACCUCGACAACCGCAGCAGCAGUAGCCGCCUUCGAAGCAGGAGAAACGGACUUCCGCGGCGUAGGUCUGGGAUGUUCCCCCGGCGCAGACGCCACCACGAUCGUCUUCCACAGCGCCCUCAACUCCAUCUUUGCGCUCGCCUGCAACUUUGCGGACCUCACCUGCGCGGAAAAGGCAAAGAGCAUCGAGGUCUUUCUGCUGCGGAGCCGCAAGUGCCUCAGCGUCGACCUACUCGAGAAGAACAACCUCGGCGUCGUGCAGACGCUGUUGCUGUGCGGCUUGGUCUUUCAGGGGACGCCGUUUCCCGAUCGGUGCUGGAAUGCCGUUGGGAUCGCGUGUCGGAUUGCGCAGGGGCUCGGGCUUCAUAUGGAUGUUGUGGCGGCGCGGGAUAUGGGGGCCGGCCUUGGGGCGGAGGGGGAGGGAGGGUUCACUUUGGAGAUGGACGUUAGGCAGCGGACGUGGCAGGGUUGUGUUAUUAUCGAUACCCUCGUGAGCAUGACAUUCGGUCGACCUACCGUCACGUCCAAUCUAUCAGCAAACGAACUACUCUCCAGAUCCCAUUCCGGCGCAGGCCAGAGUCUCGAGCAGCCCAAGCUGGAGUUCAUCACCCAAAGCUUCAAGCUGAGCCUGAUACUCGAGAACAUCCUCUCACAAGUCUACCAGGCGUGGCGGAACCGUUAUCCCGCCCAGAGAGCAAGUUGCGGCACGCGGGGAGGAGGAGGAGGAGGAGGCAUAGGAGGACUCAGCUUCGACGCCAUUGUCGAGCUCGACUCCAAAUUAACCGACUUCGAGGACUUGGUACCGCCGCUCCUCUCGUGGGGAGGCGAGUCUGAAGCUUCCGUGCUGGACGGGGUCUCGUCUCCAGAUGACCUCCGUAUCCUCGCGACGCAAAAGCACGUUCUACACGCAAGGUUCUUGUAUCUCCGCCUCAUGCUCCACAGGCCGAUUCUCACCGAUCUCUCUGCGGAGUACGCCCGACCUCAUCGGGACACCGCCGGUGGCCGCCCACCAUCGGAAGCAGCGUCCAGGUCGCGGGACAAGGGCCUCAGGGCUCCGUUUCUGACGGAGUGUGCUAGGGCGUGUGUAGACGCGGCCAUGCAGCUCAUUGAUCUGGUGCAGGGCUCGUAUCAGACGGACACGACGGGGGCGUGGUGGUGGAAUAGCUUGUAUGCCUGUGCCGCCGGCUUAGUCCUGAUCGUCUGCCGCCUCUGUCCGCGCCUCUGGACAGGGCUGGACCACACAGCAACGUCUGCAUCGUGGGAGCAAUGCCAGGGCAUUCUGCAGGGCAUCGCGGCGUUCAGCGUUUCGGCUCGCAAGUCGCUGGACCUGCUGCGCAAGAUUGACGGGGCCGUCACGCAAUUGCAAGCAGCUAGGGAACCAUCGGGACAACAGAUGGACCCUGAGAUGAAUUGCGCGUCGGGGUUGGAGGAGAGCUGGUCGCUCCCGGCGGAUAUCGAUGUCUCGCUGCUUCUUGAGCCUGAUCCUAUGUCUUUCUUUCGCGGGUGGGAGGUGAUGGGUUACGAGACUUUGAACUCAUGA